CCUUGCCCUAUCCUCUAUGUCCUCCACACGGGUCUUCAUGGACUAUGAUGUCCAACCAACCAGGGAUUAUUUCACCUGGCUGAGCUCUAACCCAGAGAUUGCUAACCAAGUUUGCGCAGACGUCAUCACUAAGCGUGAGACACUGUCUAUAGCAGAAAUAUUCUCCUAUAUGACUCAGGAAUCUGCAAAGGCUGCCUUUUUUGAGUGCACUGCUACUAUUGAUGAUGUUGUUCAUGGCUCUCCUUGGUACUACAUUGCAUGCAGUGGGUGCCAUUCUAAGGCUACCAACGGCCCAAGUUCGUUGAUUUGUACAAACACAAAAUGUCAGAAGGUUAACACAACUGGCGUUCCAGAGUAUGUUACAUCGCCUUAAUAUGCAGUUACGGUUUCAAUAGUAUUAAUUUUCAAUUUUUGAAUUUUUGACGUUAGUUUCUUAUUCUUUCACAACAGGUACCGGGCUAAGAUUUCUGUUUAUGACAACAGUGAACAAGCUUUC